UCCAACUGAAUAUGAUGUACUCUAAAGUGCCAGUCAGUUAUUAUGAAAACCGUCCAGCAGUUGAUGGUACAUUAAUAUUGAACUGCGAGGACCGAAAUCUUAAUGCAAGCCGCCAUGUCCCAGUUUACAACUGUCGAAACACCUGUGAUUUCUUCCGACUGGCGACGCAGAGUUCCCGGUAUUACCAGUCUGCUGAAGCAUGUCCUAACCAACGGGCAGCUGGGCGAUGUCCAGUUUUCAGUGGGACGGGAUCAUGGUGAAGUGAAGAUCUUUACAGCCCACAAAUUUAUCCUCAGCCUCAACAGUGACGUUUUUGACGCAAUGUUCAAUGGGCAACUGGCGGAAACCGGUCCAGAGCCCAUCGGCAUCCCUGAGAUCCUUCCAGAAGCAUUUGACAUAAUGCUCAUGUAUAUGUACACGGGUUCAGCCGAGGAACAACUGGGAACACAGAACGUUUUCCAGACUGUUUACUGCGCGGAUAAGUACAACUUGCCCGUACUUUUAGAACUGAGCCUGAAGUUCCUGAACAGCCAGCUGAAGCUCACCAACUGUUUGGAGUAUCUGGAAAAUGUCGGUUUGAUGACGUCGUUCAAUCACAGCCCGAUGGUACUAACGGCCCUAUCUUUGCUUGUUCCCAGGUUAAAUAUUUGGUACAUCAUUGCGCUACGGCUUUCGUGGAGCAGUGCCUGGAACUUGUGGAUGUAUAAACCAGAAAUAUUUUGCUUUCGAAACAGUUUACCACGAUUGGUCAGGAUACACUGGGAAAGAUUCUGCAACGGGAUUCCUUGUGGGUGGAUGAGAAUACACUAUACAAGGCUGCGGAAAAUCGUCGUCCUCGUGACGGCCGACGAAUUGUUAGUCGACAAGAAUGCCGAUGGGCUAGAGAAGCGUGCCGCAGGAAUAAUCUGGAGCCAUCAAGAGUUAACCGGCGAGAGAUGCUGGGCGAUGCUCUAUUUCAUAUUCGAUUUCCGCUGUUAUCCGAUUCUCAACUGGUCAACGGCCCGGCGAAGAACGAUUUGCUGCUUAAAAGCGAUCUGCUGGCAAUUUACAAAUAUAAGCAUGCCAAAACGAAACCGCUCCUUCCUUUUUCGGUUGAAACGCGAAAGGGCAUGAAUCGCCUUUUAGCCGAUUACUCUAAUUUUCCUGAUUUUCAACACUUGGAACUUGUGUUUGCUUCCGUCGAAGGCGAACCCUGGUAUGCGGGAAAGAUUCUAGAAAAAACUUCCUAUGGUUUUCUCGUCAGAUUACAAGGAAAACCGGUUAGCCUAUAUUGUUCGAAUCAACUGGUGCGGGCAUCGGAUAUCCUGAAGCGUGGCCAGCAGAUGCUCUGGCCUUUUUGUGACGGUAACCAUGGAACGCCGGAGCUCUACCCAAACAUUGUGACCUACGAAGGCCGUCAAAAUGAUAAAUACAUGGUCCGUAUCGAAGGCAGUGGCAGAGAGGUUGAAGUGGACUUGGAAGUGGAAUUCAUGGAUUUGCGUGUUAGUCGGCCGCAAAUGGCGGCUUGGAAAGUAUCAGCAAACCGUUAGUUGCCGGACAAGCGGCAUAACGGCGGUUGUUUUCGGCUUUCGUUGUCAUUACUGUUAUAAAAAUUAAUAGCGUUUAUGGAAUUAUUCGCCUCCUAACUUACUGAGUAAAUGAUUCAGAAGGUUGAACCUCAUAGUUUGCGAAAAAGAAUA